AUGUCGCCACCGACAUCAGGGGCUUCCAACAACACAGAGACUGAAGAGCUACAAAAGCAUGGGAGAGCCAAUGCUGCAGCACAGAACCAUUCUCCCUCACCACCGAACCCGUCUAAAGACGACAACAUUGAGCUAGCACGCCCAAACCUGUCACAUCUCCGAGAACUUCUCACGCUCGCCACAGGUCUCCUUCGGCCAUACGCCCUGCAUCCCUUGCUUGCAAUUGAAGUCUUACAUCCCGGAUUCGCCAGCAUGUGGCCAUUCAGCAUGGGCUCACCAUUCGUCCCUGCGACAAGCAUCCAAAGCCUUGCGGGCAAAGUCAUCCUCGUGACUGGCGGUAAUAAUGGUAUUGGCAAGGAAACAGUCCUGCAGCUCGCCAAGCACAGCCCUCAGAAGAUCUUCCUUGCAUCAAGGACCGAAUCCAAAGGACGUGACGCUGUGGCAUCAAUCAAGGCACAGUCCUCACAAGAUGUCGAUGUCGAGUACCUUCCCCUUGACCUCACCUCAUUGCCCUCUAUCAAACAGGCCGCCGACCAAGUCAUCAGUCACAGCGACCGACUGGACAUUCUCGUUCUGAACGCCGGCAUCAUGGCUGUCCCAGCAGGCAAGACCGCUGCAGGGCAAGAUGUUCAAAUGGGCACCAACCACGUGGGCCACUUUUUGUUGACCAAACUCCUCCUUCCAACCAUGGAAAAGACGGCGAAGGAGCGCAACUCUGACGUGCGCGUUAUCUCUGUCUCCUCCGAAGCUUGGAACAUGGCGCCGAGCCUCGAUACCACUUUGUCAACAGAGAAACUUACGGCCACGGGCCCUUGGACUCGAUAUGCAGCUUCCAAAGCGGCCAACAUCACGUUUGCUGCCGAACUGGCCCGGCGUUACCCUGCGCUGACUAGCGUGUCGCUGCACCCCGGCAUCAUCAAAACCGAUCUGUACGUCCCGAACACCAAGACCAAUCCUAUCAUGAAAUACGGCGCCAUGAUAUUUGGUCCGCUAAUGUUCCAGACAGUCGAAGCCGGAGCCUUGAACCAGCUCUGGGCGGCCGCAGGGGCAAAGAAAGAAGAGCUUGUCAAUGGAGGCUAUUACACUCCUGUCGGAAAGCAUCGGCCGAACAAAUGGUCAAAAGACGCGGACGCGGGACAGAAACUGUGGGAGUGGACAGAGAAAGAGUUGAAGACUGCUGGAUUUUGA